UACAUUAUCAGUUGGGGGAAAAUACAGAGAACAGAAUCGGCUGUCCACAGAAUGUUUCCUUUCCAUGCUUCUGCCGCAAUGAACACAAGGAAAGCAGACACUGCCCUCUUGUUACUCUUGGUCUUGGUGCUGGCAGCAGGGUCCCAAUCUCCCAGCGGAGAAGCGCCCAAGGAGCAGCCUGACACAGAGCUCCUAAAAUGCCCCAGCUCAUGUGCCUGCAGCUAUGAUGACUACAGUGAGGAGCUCAACAUCUUCUGCAGCUCCCGGAAUCUCACGCACCUCCCAGAAGACAUUCCUAGCAACGUUAAGUCAUUAUGGCUGGAUGGGAACAACUUCCUUUCUCUGCCAGCUAUGGCCUUCAGGAACCUUUCCAACCUGGACUUCCUUAACCUGCAGAGCAGUCAGCUGGCAAGCAUUGAGCAGCAUGCCUUCCAUGACUUAAAGGGCCUCUACCACCUGCACCUGGAACGGAACAGGCUGAAGCAUUUGGCACCAAACACUUUCCUUCACACACAGAACCUCGCCUCCUUGAGCCUCAACAACAACCACUUCAACAAGAUCGAGGAAGGCCUGUUUGCUGGGCUCUCCAAUCUCUGGUACCUGAACCUCGGGUGGAACUCACUCGUGGUGCUGCCUGACAGAGUGUUCCAUAACCUGCCUAACCUGAGGGAACUGGUCCUGGCUGGGAACAAGCUGCCCUACCUGCAGCACCAAAUCUUCUGCAGUCUCAGUGAGCUGAAGGAGCUGGAUUUGAGUGGGAACUUGCUCAAGGGCAUCAAGCUCAAUAUCUUUGUCAAGCUGCAGAAACUACAGAAGCUCUACCUGAACCACAACCAGAUCAAUGCAAUCGCCCCACGUGCAUUCAUGGGAAUGAAGUCCCUCAGGUGGCUAGACCUCUCCCACAAUCGUCUCAUCUUGCUCUUUGAAGAAACAUUCCUGGGCCUUUUGAGCCUGCACGUGUUGCGUUUAUCCAGUAAUUCAAUCACCAGCCUGAGGCCAAGGACUUUCAAAGAUCUCCAGUUCCUGGAGGAGCUGCAACUGGGACACAACAGGAUCAGGAGCCUGGCAGAAAGGACUUUUGAUGGGCUAGGCCAGCUGGAGGUCCUUACGCUGAACAACAACCAGAUUCAAGAGAUCAGGGUCGGAGCAUUCCUUGGACUCUUUAAUGUUGCAGUGAUGAACUUGUCUGGUAACUGCCUCAAGGCACUUCCCGACUAUGUCUUUAAGAGCCUAACCAAACUGCAUAGUCUUCACCUGGAAAACAGCUGUCUCAGCAGAAUCAGGCCACAAACUUUCUCCAGCCUUUCCUGCCUCCGGAGGCUCUUCUUGCAGCACAACACAAUAUCCAUAAUUGAAGACCAGAGUUUGAAUGACCUGCAUGAUCUUUUGGAGUUGGACCUUAAGCACAACAAGCUUACCCAUCUCUCCCACAACAUGUUUGUAGGCCUGAAUAACCUGGAAUACCUUCUCCUUUCCUCCAACCAGCUCCUGGAGAUCUCUCACAACGCUUUCAGCCCACUUCAACGUCUCUUCUGGCUUGACCUCUCCAACAACCAUUUGGAGAUGCUGGACAACACCACGAUUACCCCCUUAGCAAACUUGCGGUAUCUUAGCAUCAGAAACAAUUCUCUGGAAACCUUCUCAGUUGGUUCUCUGGGCCCUUCACCUGUGCUGGAGCAGCUGUGGCUGGAAGGAAACAAGUGGCACUGUAAUUGCUCACUGAAGGAACUGAGAGACUUUUCCUUGCAGCAUCCCACAGUGGUUCCACGUUUUGUACAGUCCCUUACGGAGGGGGACGAUUCCCACACACCCGUGUAUGUGUACAACAACCUGACCUGCCUAAGCCCACCAGACCUGGCAGGCCUUGACCUGAGGGAAAUCAGUGAAGAUCACUUUGCUCACUGCUAACUAACACGCUUCCUCUUUAUAGAGGACUUUCUGCUUUCUAUAGUUGGCAGCAUUAGAUACAUACUUGCACAAGUUCAGGUAGAAUCAGAACUACUUUCUACAGGCUAAUAAGUAAAAGGGUAUAGCUAUCUGGCAUCUCAACCACCUUCCCUGAUCUCUUUACCAAGCUCAUCAGGGUAGCAGUCCAAAAUAGUGUGUUCCACCAUUCACCAUUACCCAAAGAGGCCAAUACGAUUGCACAGCACUCUUUACCUUUCUCUCUCCAUGCUGUACCAUUACUAUAUUUGUAUAGCUGCAGUUUUCAACAGAACCAGCAUAGCAGCUUUGGCUGAACAGCCAGGGUAAACAGGUUCUUUGGACUUUGCAAUUACCUUUGGGCUAUUUGAACUUAGCAUUGUGAUUCAGAGCCAGCAUUCCUUUGCCCAGCUCUGAAAUGUGAAGGAAAGAAUGGGUGUGUGAGAAGGUAUGAGUGGACAGGAGCCUUCUCCGAGGACUCUCUUUUCCAAUUCCAAAAUUAAAACUGAUUUUAAAGAACCCAAACAAACGAUCAUAGUACAAUAAGAGUUGGACUGAAAAGCCAACCUGAAAGGGUAUUGCCCACUAAGGACCAGCAUUUGGGUCUCACUCCUCAGCUGGGAGCAAAGGAUAGGCAACCUGUCUAGCCACCAAGGAGCAAGGAACAUCUCAUAUCAGUUUUUUUAGCAACCACUCCGGGUUAGCAGAGGUGCUGUUGUCAAUGGAUCAUGGAGACAACCCUCCUUAAUGGAAAGAAUAUCACUGCAAAAUGAGGACCUCAGGCUGGGGAGAGCAAAUGGAGAAACCAAGAUCCUCUUGAGCUAGGGGAGGAAAGUCUGGGCCACAGUGCUCAUUAGUGGGAAUGCUGAUAAAGUUAAGUAUCAUUGCCCCAGAAUCACCCCAGUUGUGACUAGGUAAUGCAAGCAGGGGCUUCAUCCCAUCUGUACUGCAGUAGCUUGUAUCAGUGGUUGUCAACCUUUUCCAUUCUGCGUGACCCUGCGUUGCAAUGCAAAAAAGUUUCAGGAACCCAUAAAGCAUUCUGUGAUUGUACAACACCAAACACAAUGGGGCCUGAUCCAUAACUAGGGCCCCAGGUGCUACCAUAAUGGAAAUAAUAAAGGGAGGAUGACCAUGACCCCCAAAAACCUGUUCUUGAAUUCCAGUUGAGAACCCAUGGCUCACACAAGAGGAAGUUAAGGGCAGAGCCUCAUCUGUAAUAUCUGGUCACUGAAGCCAGGUAUCGUGUAAAGCUUAGGGGAAAGGCUUGAAAAACAGACACCUGACCUGUAGUUUUAGGAGAGCAGAACACACAUGACAAGCUUUUAACAAGCAAUGGCAGAUUUAGGCAGGUUUAAGAAAAACCAUGCACAUCAACUCCCUGAUAAACCACAGCAGGCAAAUAAACCUUUGGAGCUACUGCA